AUGGUAAGGAACCCUAUUACCACAAGCAGAGAGAAAGCCUCUGACAAUGUAGAAUCCCGCCUCGAAAAACGACUCACUCGAUAUGUGGACAACGGCAAUCUCAUGUGCCUCACCGAAAACUACCCCUUAAUACCAGGCGAUCCCAGAUAUUUUAUGACCUUGGACGAAGCAAGCAAGGCCAUCAAUUCUGUAUGUAUGGCCUGGCAGUACGUAGAGCUCAAUCCUAGCGCAAAGCCUGGCUUUAAAAACACAUACUACAUCCUGGACGACGCACAAGACCAGGGCGGAACCAACAUCACCGUUUCUGUGACGUAUAAUGGAGGGAAAACCUGUCCUAGCCCACCACUGAACUUCUGGAUUGACAGAAAUUUGGCGGGGGAUGGGCAAUCGCAUUGCCUUGAUCGGCUUUAUACUAUUAUUAACGGAUGCGAUACACAAAAACAAACUGAGUACUGGAAACAGGGGGGUACUUUUUUCCGCGACUGCGCCACCUGGGAGAUUUGGAAGAGCCUGCAUUUCUCAUGA